AUGAGCCCUAAGAGGAAGGAUUGGAGCUUGAGACUUAAUGAAGCAUUAUGGGCAUAUAGGACAGCCUGCAAAAUCCCCAUUGAGGCUGGAGAUGCAAGGCAACUCCAAUUGAAUGAAUUGGAUGAGAUGAGGAAUGAUGCCUAUGAGAAUGCAAUGAUUUACAAGGAAAUGACUAAGGCAUUUCAUGACAAAGCCAUUCAAAGGAAGACCUUUGAAAUAGGGCAGAAAGUUGUGCUCUUCAAUUCACACCUCCGGCUAUUCCCAUUUGAGAUUCAAAAUGACAAGACGGGAAACAUAUUCAAAGUGAAUGGACAUCGCUUGAAGCCAUACUAUGAAUCUUUUGAGCUUGGAUAA